UAGUUCUACUUUGAGACCAUGAUAACAAACAGACAUACACAAACUACUAGACUAGCAUAAUGUUUUGGAAAGAAGGAAUCUCAAAGUUUGUAGUUUAGUAAAAUGUUACUGUACUAGUCAUUUAGUGCUACAAGUUUUGCUCUCCCAUCGAUAUUCUCAACUAGAUUCAAAUCAAAUAAAGCUACAUCUUUUAUUUUCUCUCGAACUAUCACUACUGUCUACUCUUCACCAAUAAAUUCACCCUUAAACCCACCUUUUUCAAAAGUUAAACUACUUCACAACUUCAACAUUAUUUCCUCUGUUCUUGACCUUCCCUUUUAAACACUCUCUCACAAUUUAGGAAAGUGAAAGGAAAAAAAAUAAAUUCAUGAGGGGUUUAGACACAACUUACAAGAUUUUUCCUUUUUGGAGGAAAAUCAAUCACAUCUAUGCACUAACCAUCAUUACAAUCUUAUGUUCCUCCUCCUAUCUUCUAGGCAGGUGGCAACGCAGCAGGGGUGAACGUUCCACCCCUGCCACAAUUGCCACCUGCACUACAAACAACCUCACUAGCCCAAUCCAGGUCCCCAAAUUGUUGGACUUCUCCGCCCACCACAUGGCGGAGGAUGAUCCAUCUAUGUCCAUAGGUUCGGGCUUACUACAAGCCCGAACCUACCCCUCGUGUAACACUAACUGCAUCGAAUACACCCCUUGUGAGGAUCCACGACGAUCAUUAAAGUUAAAUAGAACCCGGUUAAUACAUUUGGAGCGACAUUGCCCGGCAAAAACGGAGCUCCUAAAGUGUCGGAUACCGGCGCCAUUCGGGUAUAAGAGGCCGUUUACGUGGCCCGUUAGUAGAGACUAUGCUUGGUACAAUAACGUACCACAUAAAGAGUUAACAGUGAAGAAAGCGGGUCAGAAUUGGAUCCGAUUUGAAGGAGACAGGUUCAAGUUCCCUGGAGGUGGGACCAUGUUUAGAAAUGGUGCAAAUGCAUAUAUUGAUGAUAUUGCUAAGUUGGUCAACCUUCAAGAUGGCUCUAUUAGAACUGCCAUUGAUACUGGUUGUGGGGUAGCUAGUUGGGGAUCAUACUUGCUAUCAAGGAACAUAUUAGCAAUGUCAUUUGCACCAAGAGACACCCAUGAAGCACAAGUUCAAUUCGCCCUAGAACGCGGUGUCCCUGCUUUGAUUGGUGCCAUGGCUUCUAAGAGACUCCCUUACCCAUCUAGAGCUUUUGAUAUGGCUCAUUGUUCACGUUGCCUUAUUCCUUGGGACCAAUAUGAUGGAGUGUACUUGAUAGAGGUUGAUAGAGUACUCCGGCCAGGCGGGUAUUGGAUCCUAUCCGGUCCACCAAUCCGGUGGAAACGGAGUUGGAAAUCAUGGGAAAGGAGUAGGGAAGACUUGAAUGCAGAGCAAACUAGAUUAGAGAAUUUGGCAAAAAAACUUUGCUGGAAGAAAGUUGUAGAGAAGGAUGAUAUUGCUAUUUGGCAAAAACCAAUUAACCACUUCAACUGUAAACGAACACAAACUGAUAACCCAAACCCACCUUUAUGCCCGACUCAAGAUCUGGAUUUGGCAUGGUACACAGAUUUGCAAACUUGUCUAACACCUUUACCAGAAGUAUCGGUGAAUGAAGAAGUUGCAGGAGGACAAUUAGCAAAAUGGCCUACAAGAUUGACAGCAAUCCCACCAAGAAUUAACAGUGGAUCACUUAAUGGAGUAACCCCUGAAAUGUUCCAAGAAGACAUAAAAUUAUGGAAGAGAAGAAUGUUACACUAUAAGAAAGUGAAUUAUCAGCUAGGGCAGCAGGGGAGGUACCGGAACCUACUAGACAUGAACGCGUACUUGGGUGGUUUUGCCGCGGCUUUGGUUGAUGAUCCUGUUUGGGUGAUGAAUGUAGUUCCUGUGGAAGCUAAGGUUAAUACUCUUGGAGUCAUCUAUGAAAGAGGGUUGAUUGGAACUUAUCAAAGCUGGUGUGAAGCUAUGUCUACUUACCCAAGGACUUAUGAUUUUAUUCACGCUGAUUCAAUCUUCACACUCUAUAAAGACAGGUGUGAAAUGGAAGAUCUAUUGCUGGAAAUGGACAGGAUUUUAAGGCCAGAAGGAAGUGUGAUAAUCCGAGAUGACGUGGAUGUAUUAGUGAAGAUUAAGAAGAUAACAGAUGCAUUAGAAUGGGAUAGUCAAAUAGUAAACCAUGAAGAUGGGCCCCUUAAAAGGGAGAAGCUUCUUUUUGCAAUUAAAACUUACUGGACUGUCCCUAACCCAACUCAACAACAGUCCAAUACUCGCUCAUAGCCCAAAUAUUUUUUUUUUUUUUUUUUUUUUUUUUUUUUUUUUUCCACUAUGGUGCAAUGUAGUUUAGUAAUUUACUUUGGUGCCCUGAAUUUUAUAAUAGUAAUAUCAAACAUACAUCAAGAUUAUUUUUGGUUGGGUUGGUUGAUGAAAUAGCAUAUGUAAUGGGUUUAUAUGUGGUCAAACUCUUCAAUGAUAAGAAUAUGUGAAUGAAUUUCUAAUUCUAAUAUAAUCCCUUAAUAACUUUCAAUAUUUUUCACAUAUGGAUUACAUGAAAUUAGUAAAACACAAUGUUAUGGAGUACUAGUAACUACAUAUUUUAUAAAAAUAAUUAAAAAAAAUAAAUUAUACUCGGUAUAUUGAUUGGCUUUUUUUUAUAUCAAGUA